AAAGAAAAAGUGUACUGCAUAUGAACUUACCCGCCAAGAAUGAAUAGCGCAGUGGAUGGCUGCUGCUCACCAUCUCUCUCCGGUUUGGUUAACCAGAAUCGUCUCCUUCUCUUCCAAAUCUCUUCACCCCCAAACGCAACCCAUUUGCUCUCUCUCCACUCUCACUCACAGUCGCAACCAACCAAUACCCGCAAAAAAUUUCAAAACUUUCUCCCACAUUUUCCAGCAAUGCUCCCACGGCCGAGCUCUGAAUCCGGGAAAACAGGCCCACGCUCGCAUGAUCGUUUCUGGGUUCGAUCCCACUGUGUUCGUUACGAAUUGUUUGAUCCAGAUGUAUGUGAAGUGUGGGGUUUUGCAGUAUGCAGGUAAGGUGUUCGAUGGAAUGCCGCAGAGGGAUAUGGUGUCGUGGAACACCAUGGUUUUUGGGUAUGCUCGGAGUGGGAAGAUGGGGUUUGCGCAGUCUUGUUUUGAUGCUAUGCCUGAGAAAGACGUGGUUUCAUGGAAUUCUUUGAUUUCGGGGUAUUUGCAGAGUGGUGAUUGGAAGUCUACUGAAGUUUAUGUGGAAAUGGUGAGUGGGGGUAUGGAAUUCGACUGCACAACGACUGCGGUUGUUCUGAAGGCGUGUUCUGUUAUGGAAGAGAUUGGUUUGGGGAUUCAAAUUCAUUGUGUUUCAGUGAAGAUGGGUUUUGACAUUGAUGUGGUCACCGGAAGUGCUUUGGUGGAUAUGUAUGGGAAGUGUAAGCGAUUAGAUUGUUCGCUUCAAGCCUUCCAUGAAUUGCCCGAAAAGAAUUGGGUUUCUUGGAGCGCAAUAAUUGCAGGUUCUGUUCAGAAUGAUCGGUACGUCAAGGGUUUAGAACUGUUUAAUGAGAUGCAGAAAGCGGGAGCCGGGGUGAGCCAGUCUACAUAUGCUAGCGUCUUCAGGUCCUGUGCAGGAUUAUCUGCAUAUAGAUUAGGCACUCAGUUUCAUGGACAUGCUAUAAAGACGGACUUCCAAUUUGAUGUCAUCGUUGGAACUGCCACAUUGGACAUGUAUUCAAAAUGUAACAGGAUGUCUGAUGCUAGAAAGAUAUUCGAUUUGAUGGCGAACCGGAGUUUGCAGUCAUAUAAUGCAAUGAUUGUAGGAUAUGCUCGAAAUGAGAAAGGUUUUGAAGCUCUGCGGCUAUUUAAGCUUUUGCGGAAAUCUGGUCUUGGUUUUGAUGAGAUAACAUUAUCUGGUGCACUUAGCGCUUGUGCUGUGAUCAAGGGGCUCUUGGAGGGGAUUCAACUACAAUUAUUAGUGGUUAAGAGUAGUUUGAGAUCAAAUGUAUGUGUAGCAAAUGCCAUGCUGGACAUGUACGGUAAAUGCGGAGAUCUCUUUGGAGCUUCUCGCGUGUUUGAUGAGAUGGUAGUUAGAGAUGCUGUGUCUUGGAAUGCGAUUAUUGCAGCUUAUGGACAAAAUGAAAAUGAAAAGGAGACACUUUCAUUUUUCGUGUCCAUGCUCCGCUCAAGUAUGGAACCGGAUGAGUUCACCUUUGGUAGUGUUCUAAAAGCUUGUGCAGGUCAGCACUCUUUAAACUAUGGGAUGGAAAUUCAUAGCAGAAUUAUUAAAUCUGGAAUGGGCAUGAACUUAUUUAUUGGAGGUGCCCUUGUCGAUAUGUAUUGCAAGUGUGGAAUGAUGGAAGAGGCAGAAAAGAUACAUGAUAGAACUGAAGAACAAACCAUGGUUUCAUGGAAUGCAAUCAUAUCUGGCUUCUCAUUGCAUAAGCAAGAUGAGGAAGCGCAGAGAUUUUUCUCUUUGAUGUUGGAAAUGGGUGCAGAACCUGAUAACUUUACAUACGCUACGGUUCUUGAUACCUGUGCCAAUUUGGCUACUGUUGGACUUGGGAAGCAGAUCCAUGCUCAGAUUAUCAAACAUGAAUUGCAGUCGGAUGUAUACAUAGUCAGCACUCUUGUCGAUAUGUACUCAAAAUGUGGUAACAUGCAAGAUUCACAUCUAAUGUUCAAGAAAGCACCUAAGCGGGAUGCUGUCACAUGGAACGCUAUGAUCUCUGGCUACGCAAACUUCGGCCUUGGAGAAGAUGCUCUUAGAAUUUUUGAGUACAUGCAGCUUGAGAAUGUGGAGCCAAAUCAUGCAACUUUUGUUUCAGUCCUCCGAGCCUGUGGACAUAUUGGGCACGCUGAAAAAGGUUUACACUAUUUCCGCGCAAUGCUUAGCGACUAUGGUUUACAUCCUCAGUUGGAGCAUUACUCAUGUAUGGUGGAUAUUAUAGGGAGGUCAGGCCAAGUCCACGAGGCCUUGAGGCUUAUUGACAACAUGCCUUUCGAAGCCGACGAUGUUAUAUGGAGAACUCUGCUGAGCAUUUGCAAGCUCCAUGGAAAUGUAGAGGUGGCAGAAAAAGCAGCCAGCUCCAUUUUGCAACUGGAUCCUCAAGAUUCUUCUACCUAUGUUCUGUUAUCAAAUAUAUAUGCGGAAGCUGGAAUGUGGGGCAAGGUCUCGAAGAUGAGGAAGACAAUGUGGCACGGUAAAUUAAAGAAGGAGCCGGGUUGCAGCUGGAUUGAGGUAAAAGAUGAGGUACAUGCGUUUUUGGUUGGCGACAAGGCUCAUCCGAGACAUGAAGAGGUGUAUGAGCAGCUUGAUUUGCUUGUUUCCGAGAUGACGAGAGUUGGGUAUAGGCCAGAAAUUGAUUUUGUGCUUGAUGAGGAGAUGGGAAAGCAGGAGUUUCUUGAAGAUGAGCUCAAAUUUAGCAUGUAAAAUGUGUAGCUUAAUUCAAGCCUCCUUCAUUUGUGAAGUGAGAAAAUUGUAAGCUUUAAAAUUAAUUCAUGAAUACAAUUAUUAUUUUUAAA